AUGAAGUUUGAGGAGAAGAAAUCAUGGGAAAUGAAGUAUGAGAAGAAGAAGAAAAGAGCUUUGGAGAAGAAAGAAGCCCCUUUGAAAUGGGAGCAUAAACUAGAAUAUGCUACCAAGGCAAAAGCUGAUGUUGAUGCUGAUACUGAUGGUGACACUGACAGCAAUGAUGGGAGAAGAGAGUUGAAUAAAAGAUGGGAGAAUAAAUUUAAUAUGAAGAGUGAUUGA